UCUGAAAGUAAAUCUAACCACAAAAGGGAAGUACAUUUUGAAAAUUUGCAGAGUUUCUUGCUGCCUGUGCAUGUUUAUCUGACCAGUGAUUGUUAUGUCUGUGCACGUAGGCAGGCAGAGAAGCUGCUUCCAGGGAGCAGGUUCCACCGAUACAGCAGUGAAAACCAUUCUGUGCUGAGAUCCUCAGCUCCAUACUCUGUACCUGAUGAAGUUCAUUCACAUCUGGACUUUGUUGGAGGAGUGCACAGAUUCCCUCCCAAAGUGCAGGACUUCAUUAAUAGUUCACCGCACUCUAAGCGAUCAGAGGCUGGGCUGCACCUGGGAGUGACCCCCUACAUCCUCCGGCAGCGCUACAACCUGUCCUCCUCAGAUGUGGGUGGGGCUCCCAACAACAGCCAGGCAGUGGCACAGUUCCUGGAACAAUAUUACCACCCUGCUGACCUGUCAGAGUUCAUGAGCAUGUUUGGAGGAAGCUUCCUGCAUCACUCUGCUGUGGAGCGAGUGGUGGGCACUCAGGGAGGAGGGAAGGCUGGGUUGGAGGCCAGUCUGGAUGUGGAGUACAUCAUGAGCACAGGAGCCAACAUCUCUACCUGGGUCUUCAGCAAUGCAGGACGUCAUGAGUCUCAAGAACCCUUCCUGCAGUGGAUGCUUCUGCUCAGUAACAUGUCUGAUCUGCCUUGGGUCCACACCAUCAGUUAUGGAGACGACGAGGACAGUCUGUCCACUGCGUACAUGACCCGCAUCAACACAGAGUUUAUGAAGGCAGGAGUCCGCGGGAUUUCACUGCUCUUUGCUUCUGGUGACAGUGGAGCUGGCUGUCGACACAUGGGGAAAGAAAAUGCAUUCAGACCCAGUUUUCCUGCAUCAAGUCCCUACGUAACCACAGUCGGGGGAACCUCAUUUAAGAACCCAUUUAAACUGACAGAAGAGGUGACAGAUUACAUUAGUGGUGGAGGCUUUAGUAAUGUUUUCAAGAUGCCUGAUUAUCAGGCCAGUGCAGUUGACGCAUAUCUGAGAACAGCAGGCUCAUCCCUCCCUCCUCAGUCAUACUAUAGCCCAACUGGAAGGGCAUAUCCCGACAUAGCUGCUCUGUCUGAUAACUAUUGGGUGGUGUCCAACAGAGUUCCAAUACCUUGGGUUUCUGGAACUUCGGCCUCUACCCCUGUUGUGGGAGGCAUGCUGUCUCUUAUUAAUGGUCAGAGACUUCUAAAAGGUCUUCCAGUUUUGGGUUUUCUCAACCCUCGUCUCUACAAACUCCAAGGAUUGGGUCUCUUUGAUGUGACUGAUGGCUGUCACCUGAGCUGCUUGGAUGAGGAAGUCCAGGGGAAGGGCUUCUGUGCAGCUCCAUCCUGGGACCCUGUAACUGGCUGGGGGACGCCUAACUACCCCAAACUACUGGCUGCUCUCUUGAACUAAUGAUCAGAUCCCUAAGACAAUUGAAUGAGUUUUGACAAAGUGCUGACAAGGGUCAGAUUUUGAUUUUCCUCUGCAGGUGUUGGGCAAAUGGAGGAAUUAAUUAUGCAAAUUCUUUACCGAUAAAUAGCCUAUGCAUUAAAGGGUGUCUGCUUUUGUUUACUUUCACCAGGGUUUUUAACCUGGUAAUUACUGAUGUAUUAUUUUUAAUGAACUGUUUUAAAUUUGUUCUUGCUUUUAUGAACUCAAAUGCACUGAAAGGUUGGUGUCCUUGCCUGCCAGAAUUGAUUUGUGAUUUUUAAAUGUGGUAUUGGUCAACAUUUUUUAAUGGUACCAGAAAUAAAACGCUACCAAAAUGUCA